CCUUCCUAUUCGCCAUUGGUGAGGUCUUCGCGAACGAUACUUUCGCGAAUUGCACCGCUCCACCCCAACCGACGGACCCCUCCACCACCAUUACCAAAACCUCUCCCGUCGAAGAAGAGCAAGAAGCAAAUAGGGAUGGAAGAUCAUACCGAGGAGGAGCUGUCGGAGACCGUUGAGGGU